AUCACAGCCAUCACACCACCACCACCGCCAUCACAGCCAUCAUCACCACCACCACCGCCAUCACAGCCAUCAUCACCACCACCACCGCCAUCACAGCCAUCAUCACCACCACCACCGCCAUCACAGCCAUCAUCACCACCACCACCGCCAUCACAGCCAUCAUCACCACCACCACCGCCAUCACAGCCAUCAUCACCACCACCACCGCCAUCACAGCCAUCAUCACCACCACCACCGCCAUCACCGCCGCCGUCGUCGUCUUCCCGCGCCGCCAUGAGCACCGAGGAGACGGCAGCGGCUCCGCGCAAGAGCUUCAAGCUGCUGGGCAUCCUGGACGUGCAGAACACGCCGUGUGCGAGGGAGUGCGUGCUGCACGGCUCUGCGGGAGCCACCGUCUUUGGCCUCAGUUACUUCCUCUUCACGAGCCGAGUACGGCGCUCCUGCGACGUCGCGAUGGGAGGAUUCAUCUUCACCACCCUGAGCUCCUGGUUCUAUUGCCGAUACCAAAACGCCAAGAUGAGGAUUCAGCAGCGGUCCCUGCAGGAGCGACUUAGGAACCGAGCGCUGUACGAGGGGACGAUCGUGGAUCCCAACUUCUCCGUCGGAGGCUCCCAGGGCCACGCGGGCACGAGCGAGGACAGCGCCGACACGCCGGGAGUGCGGGCGCAAGGAUCGUGAAAAGGGUGGGGGGGGGGGCGGUGGCGUCAGCUGCUGGAGUCGUUUUCAAAUUCUAAGGAGCUCAUGCCCCCGAGGCCUCUAGAGUGGCAAUGUUUGUGCCUCGGCAGCAAGAAGGCCCGGGGUUGGAAUCCCAACUCGGGUGUGGAUUUUGUCUGUUUCUUUGGGGCUGACCAAGUGCCCGGGCUUUGUUUGCCGUUCGCGAAAUCCUGUUGGCGUCGUCUAAGUCGAAGCCAUGGGAAACGUGGCGUGAGACGGCAGGACGGGGCACUGUGUACUUGGCAAGUGAGAUUUGGAUCACAGCACGUCGGUUUUUGCAGCCGAAAUUACGAUUGAUUAUUUUUGGGGGUAGGCCACGUGAUGGUCUGACGAAAUUGUUCUGAUGGGGUUUCUCAUCAAUUACAGAUUUGAAUCUGAGCAACCUGCACUUCGUAUGUACACUGGCGGUCAAAGUAUUUUUCAUUUUCUUCCAACGGUUAUUAGUGGCAUUGAUCUUGGUGAGUUUGUAUCCACGUGGUUGACGCAAAGGCUGUGCGCUGGCGUGAUGUGACAAGCAGAUUCUCAUCUUCUUUGCGAGAGCGUAAAAUGAGAAUUUAAAAAUUGCCUUUGCUAGAGAUUUUUAUUUUUGCAACUUGUUUGUGAUAAGCUUAGUACCUCUAGGGCAGUUGUUCUCAAAGUGUGGUCUCCGCACCACCGGUGAGUGGUUCGUGACGGCUCUCCCAGUGGUCCGCAGGGCUGUGGUGCAAACGCAGCUUGAUCCGGAUAUAGUGACAACGUUGAUACCUUUUUGUUUCGGACAUGAAUUCAUGUUACUCAUGAUAUUUAAUUUAAAGAUGACGUUAGGUAAGCUACUUUGAUUAAACUACCAUAACCCUAAGAUCUAAAUGCCCACCACUAAAAAAAUUAUAGCUGUGUAAUAAUAAUAAUGUUUCGGUAAUAUGAUUUGUUUUGUAUGGCUGGUAUUUAAAGAGAGAAGUUGAAUGUGUUUUGUCACCAGGGGUGGGACGCUAGGUGGCCUGCGGAAAUGCAAAAAAGUUUGAGAAACAACGCGCUAGAUAAUGUGUACAAGAAGCAGAUAAGAGAUUUAGGGUUAUAUAUAUCUGUAUGUGUAAUAUAAGUUCGACGACAAAUUAUACAAGUAUCCUCCCUGCAUGAGGAAUAAAAACCCAAACCACAAAUCCUGGUCGAUGCACUGGAGAAACACAGAGCAGUGAUAGUUUAUUUUCAGUGUGAAGUUGUUGAAAAAAUAACAAG